AAGGUGAAGGUGAAGAGUAACCCAGAGCCAUGGCCACCACUGAGAAAGUCUCCACCGAGCGCAAGGCCAAUCCGGUUAAAUCCUUCCUCACCGGAGGAUUCGGAGGAAUUUGCAAUGUGUUAUCAGGUCACCCGCUGGACACCAUCAAGGUGCGCUUGCAGACGAUGCCCCGACCGGCGCCUGGCGAGAGUCCCAUGUACAGAGGAACCUUCGAUUGUGCAGCCAAGACCAUCAAGAACGAGGGAGUCCGAGGCUUGUACAAGGGAAUGUCAGCCCCCCUGACCGGUGUUGCUCCCAUCUUUGCCAUGUGUUUCGCGGGCUACGCACUGGGAAAACGCCUCCAACAGCGCGGUGAAGAUGCCAAGCUCACCUACUCCCAGAUCUUUGUGGCGGGCUCAUUCUCCGGUCUGUUCUCCACCUUGAUAAUGGCGCCUGGAGAGCGAAUCAAGGUUCUGCUGCAGACGCAGCAGGGUCAGGGAGGCCAGCGCAAGUACAACGGCAUGAUCGACUGCGCUGGAAAGCUCUACAAGGAGGGCGGUCUUCGCAGCGUUUUCAAGGGCAGCUGCGCCACCAUGCUCAGGGAUUUGCCCGCCAACGGUCUGUACUUCCUGGUAUAUGAAGCCCUUCAGGAUGUGGCGAAGGCCAAAUCCCAGUCUGGCCAAAUCAGUACUACCUCAACGAUUGUCGCUGGUGGAGUUGCCGGCAUGGCCUACUGGAUUCUGGGAAUGCCAGCCGAUGUCCUAAAGAGCCGCCUGCAAUCGGCUCCGGAAGGCACUUACAAACACGGAAUUCGCAGUGUCUUCAAGGAUCUGAUUGUUAAGGAUGGUCCUUUGGCCUUAUAUCGGGGCGUUACGCCUAUUAUGAUCCGUGCCUUCCCGGCGAACGCUGCCUGUUUCUUUGGCAUUGAACUAGCCAACAAGUUCUUUAACAUUGUGGCGCCAAAUUUCUAGUUCAAAAUAGGUGAAAUAAAUUUAGUGUCUCACUAAAGUGUUUUUAAAUAUAAAAAA